CAUUGAUAGUGUUUGUUACCUCUUGUUGGCUACUUUUUACUUCACGGGAAUUUAUAUUCAUGAUAAAGAUAAUAAAGCUUUUACUAAUGCAUAUGGUUUUAUUCCGACUGGGGAGCUAUUAAGUGGAUAA